AUGCUUUACGAGUUGUUUGCUAUUGCUCGUAUCAAUGACCCCCUCCACGUGAACAAGGAGGCGGCCAAGAUCGCCCACACGGUGGGAAAACUUAUUCUCAAUAACAGAGGUGUCAUUCGUAGCAUAACGAGUUUGGGGCCUAAACCUCUUCCCAAGGUGAUUUCCAAGGAUCAGGAAAGACACUUCCAGGGAUACCAGUUUGUGAUCAGCUUUGACUCAUCGGCGGCCGUGCAGUCGGAGCUUGCAAGAACGAUGAGGAGGGAUCCUAGAAUCUUGAGGACUUCCAUCAUCAAGAACGACUUGGCCAGAAAGUUGAAUGUGGGCACAUCUUUCGAGCGGGCUUUCCUGAAAGUUGUGUACUGA